AUGACAACCUCAGCAGACAUCGUCCUACCCCCCGAAGGGACUCUCACAACUCACCAAAUCGACGGUAUCUGCAUCAUGCGCAAAACCCUCCUCGGUUCGCCCUCGUACGACGAAGUCUGGGGGACCCUCAGCCUGACCUCGGACGCCAUCAACCUCGACGUUCCCACUAUGCUCUUGUGGCAGGACGAAGGACAGAAACAAAGGAAUGUCUUGUUUUAUUGUAUUGAUGAAGGGGAGGAAGCCGUCGCCAUGGAGAUUUGUCAGAUCCUGUUGGAUGCCAAGAACAAAGAGACACUGCAGGAGUUGGUGGAUGCGACGUGUUAUAUUCAUGGCGAGGCGACGUCGUUCAGGGAGUUGGCGGAGCGCAAAGGUUUUGAGAGGAUAUUGAAGAUGUUGGAAAGGGUGGGCUGCCUUUCAUCUAUCUCGACGUAG